AGCGGCGGCGGAGCGGAGGCUCGCAAAGGGAGCAUUUCACGUUAUGGCGGCGUCGGCGGCGAAAACACGGGCGCAAUAAGUGGUGCAUCGCCGAGCUAGCGUGCGCGUCGGGCCGAAUCAUGUCUUCGGGUCGGCCGAUCAAGUGCGUGGUGGUGGGCGACGGCACCGUCGGCAAGACGUGCAUGCUCAUCUCGUACACCACCGACAGCUUCCCCGGCGAAUACGUGCCCACAGUGUUCGACAACUACUCGGCGCCGAUGAUCGUGGACGGGAUCCCGGUGUCGCUGGGCCUGUGGGACACGGCCGGACAGGAGGACUACGACCGGCUGCGUCCGCUGAGCUACCCGCAGACGGACGUGUUCCUCAUCUGCUUCUCGGUGGUGUCGCCCAGCUCCUGUGAUAACGUCACCGCCAAGUGGGUGCCCGAGAUCAAACACCACUGUCCCGAUGCGCCAAUCAUCCUAGUCGGCACAAAGAUUGACCUGCGGGAGGACAAGGAAUCUCUGGCCAUUCUCUCCGAGCAGAGCCUGAGCCCCAUCCGCAGGGAGCAGGGCCAGAAACUGGCCAACAAGGUGCGCGCGGUCCGAUACAUGGAGUGCUCGGCCCUCACCCAGCGCGGCCUCAAACAGGUUUUCGACGAGGCUGUGCGCGCCGUGCUGAGACCCGAGCCGCAAAAGCGUCGGCAGCGCAAGUGCUUGAUCAUGUAAUAGUGUUUGUUCGGACUCGUAAUUCCUUACACACACACACACUCUGCGUACUCACUGCUGAUUUGUUACUUUGUUUGAAUUCACCUCGAGUGAGUGGAGCGGCAGGCACAUGGUGCUGCUGACAAUUUGUCUCGAAUCGCGCUCACCAUGACAAUAUCUGCGUAAGAUGAAACUAACUAGAAUACAACCAUAUUUAAGCAAGGCAGCCGAUUUUUAUUUUUAUCUUAUUUUUGUGUUCGACUCGUUCGUUUUGUGCCAAGACUAAAACUAACACGCACUGCUCUUUGUGUUUGCAUUUAAUUGCCGCGUAAAGCAAGCAAAAGAAAACACACACAACUCACUCUAAGUAUUUUGUAAAAAGUCAUUUUAUUAUUAAUUAGUGGUAGUUUCGUGUGUGCGCGCGCUCGCAUCAAACCAAAGGUUUAGUUUAACACUCACUUUAAUUGCGAAAUGACAUUUUAUACCUCAUCCCUUUUAUACGACAGACCCAUUUUUAUACACGCAACGCGAAUAAUAGAGAAGAAAUUGGUUUUUCCGCUUUGGCAAUACUCUAGUCAGCGAAGGUGACUCGAAUCAAACCGACUUUAUGUUGACUGACACCCCGUUCGACCGUUCGACUCGCGCCAAUCCCGAGCGUCCAAAAAUUCGUUCGUGUUUCUCUGGUCCCCGAGGCAGCCUCAAAGUGUUUCCUCGCUUCAACUUAAAUUAAAUUUAUCGGCAGCUCCCAAAAUGAGGGGUUCGGGCGCUUCGGAUCGGAGCGACAGUCGAGUUCUCAGCUGGACAAAGUCAAAACUACUGCUUGUCGAGUGGGAAAAUUGGCCGCAAUGUGUACAUAGAUAAAAAAAAAAUAAAGUGUAUUUUCACGUGUGUGCAGUAUUUUUGACUGAGAAAGGCGCUCGCUCGCUCUCUCUCUCUCUCUUUCGCGAGAGUUGAAAUUGUAAUUUCCUAUUAUGCGGUAGGUAAUAAGGUGAUUUGUUGUUUGAAUCAGAAUAUGAGAUGCAUGUGCCUUCUAUUCAACACGAUACAUGAUAUUAAUUAAUUAAUUAAAACAAGUGGAUCAUUAAUCUUGUCUACUACGUACUCCCCACUUUGUUUUUUAACAAUUAAUAAUUUUACUCCUCUCGAUUUGAGUAGAUUUGAAAUGCUUGUCAAUAAAAUGGAAUUUCCAACACAAAACUUCGUAACCGCA